GCCCGGAGGACACGCUGAAAACCGCUCCGCGCCGCGUUCCCGGGACCGCGCCGAGCUGGGCGGGGGCGGGGGCCGCGGGAGGCAGCGAGCGCGGAGCAAGCGGCGGGCGGGCAGCAGCGCAGGCUGGGGACCGGUGUCAGCGCCGCAGCCGCCCCUCCCCCAUCCAGCUCCCCCCCAACCCCCCCCCCCCCCCCCUGCCGCGGCGCGAGCGGGCGGCGGCCGAGCGGUGCGGUGCAGAACGCGGCGCAGGCGGGCGCGCGGGCAGCUCGCGGGCACCCGGCCGGCCGGCGCGGGAGAGGGAAAGGGUGCGCUAUGCCUUUAACGCCCGCGUACAGUAGACAGUAUAGUGGAGUGUAGGGAAACUCUAGGCGGGGUUAAAGUUCAGCGCGUGGAGCGGCAAGAGCGCUGGCUGCUGCAGUUGAGCCGAGUUGGAAAUGUGAACGCAAGAAGCAGGCUUGAUUUUUUUUUUCCUCCCCCCUCUCCUAGCUCUCUCCUCUUCUCUCUCCCUCUCGCACCCACACUCACGCACACCUCCAGCCCGCACACAGACGUGCACGCACCCCCCGCCGCCCGGCAGUUAUGUAUUCUCCGCUCUGUCUCACCCAGGAUGAGUUUCAUCCUUUCAUUGAAGCACUUCUGCCCCACGUCCGCGCCUUUGCCUACACAUGGUUCAACCUGCAGGCCCGAAAGCGAAAAUACUUCAAAAAACAUGAGAAGCGCAUGUCGAAAGAAGAGGAGAGGGCUGUGAAGGAUGAACUGCUAAGUGAGAAGCCCGAAGUCAAGCAGAAGUGGGCUUCCCGACUUCUGGCCAAGUUACGGAAAGAUAUCCGGCCUGAGUACCGAGAGGAUUUUGUUCUUACAGUUACAGGGAAAAAACCUCCAUGCUGUGUUCUUUCCAACCCAGACCAGAAAGGCAAGAUGCGGAGAAUUGACUGCCUCCGCCAGGCAGAUAAAGUGUGGAGGUUGGACCUCGUCAUGGUGAUCUUGUUCAAAGGUAUUCCGCUGGAAAGUACUGAUGGCGAGCGCCUUGUAAAGUCCCCACAGUGCUCAAAUCCAGGGCUCUGUGUCCAGCCCCAUCACAUAGGGGUUUCUGUUAAGGAACUCGAUUUAUAUUUGGCAUACUUUGUGCAUGCAGCAGAUUCAAGUCAAUCUGAAAGUCCCAGCCAGCCAAGUGACGCUGACAUUAAGGACCAGCCAGAAAAUGGACAUUUGGGCUUCCAGGACAGUUUUGUCACAUCAGGUGUUUUCAGUGUGACCGAGCUAGUAAGAGUGUCACAAACACCAAUAGCUGCAGGAACUGGCCCCAACUUUUCUCUCUCUGAUUUGGAAAGUUCUUCAUACUACAGCAUGAGUCCAGGAGCAAUGAGGAGGUCUCUCCCCAGCACAUCCUCUACCAGCUCGACAAAGCGCCUCAAGUCUGUGGAGGAUGAAAUGGAUAGUCCUGGUGAAGAACCGUUUUACACAGGCCAAGGGCGCUCCCCGGGGAGUGGCAGUCAGUCCAGUGGAUGGCACGAAGUAGAACCAGGCAUGCCAUCUCCAACCACACUGAAGAAGUCUGAGAAGUCUGGUUUCAGCAGCCCCUCCCCCUCGCAGACCUCCUCCCUGGGAACAGCAUUCACACAGCAUCACCGACCUGUCAUUACAGGACCCAGAGCAAGUCCACAUGCAACGCCAUCGACUCUCCACUUUCCAACAUCACCCAUCAUCCAGCAGCCUGGGCCUUACUUCUCACACCCAGCCAUCCGCUACCACCCUCAGGAGACGCUGAAAGAGUUUGUCCAGCUUGUCUGCCCUGACGCUGGUCAGCAAGCUGGACAGGUGGGCUUCCUCAAUCCCAAUGGAAGCAGUCAAGGCAAGGUGCACAACCCAUUCCUCCCCACCCCAAUGUUGCCGCCACCACCGCCACCACCAAUGGCCAGGCCUGUGCCUCUGCCCAUGCCAGACACCAAGCCUCCAACCACAUCUACAGAAGGAGGUGCAGCCUCCCCCACCUCACCAACCUACUCGACACCCAGCACCUCCCCCGCAAACCGAUUCGUCAGUGUUGGACCACGGGAUCCAAGCUUUGUAAAUAUCCCUCAACAGACACAGUCCUGGUACCUGGGAUAAAAGUUGCAGCGUCCCACCAUCCACCAGACAGACCACCUGACCCCUUCUCAACUCUGUAACAUGGACGCAACCUCAACCCAGCGCAGUUACAACUUCACUGUCAGUGGAAGGGGAGAAAAACUUGUACAUGGAAACAGCAAGCAUCAUGGUCAAACGGCAAAGGCCAUAACCUUUCGGGAUUUUUUUUUAAAUACUUUAGGGACUGUCGUAAUUUCUCAUAUGGUGCUGGAAAUGGUUGGGCUGUGUGACAUUUGAAGUGUUUUGGUGGUGGUGUGAGCAUUAGGUGAAGUGGCUGGUAGAGGAUGAGCCUUGCUCACUAACUUCCUGUUGUAACACACUUCCCUGCGAGCCUGGCCUUUUCACAGUAUUUCAUGAAUUUGCUCAUGCAGGUGUGACCCUCCCUGAGCAUUUGGAGGCACCUGGAGAACGAAGUCUUUCGUAGUAGCUGAGAUCCGUGAUCUGUAACUUACAGGACACUCAAAGGGCAAUUUUUUUUUCUGUAACAUAUUAGAAAAAGAAAAUGCAGUUGCGCUGAUCUUUCUUUUCGUUUAGUUUGGUUCAGCAGCGAGCAGUCACAUACACAACACAGCCCUCACCGACAGUGAACUCACUCGUGUUGCAGAAUAAUUCCAAAAAGACGGCAAAGACUACUACUACUAUCAGCUGGUUUUUGGUUUUUUUUAAAGUUUUGAAAUGCUGCACUUACAUAGAAAAGAAAAAAAAAAACAUUUUUCAACAAUUUCAACAAUGACACAAAAAUUCACAUGGAAAUGGGGAAGAUGGUCUGUUUUGACAGAAGCUGACAGAAAUCAAAACAAUCGAAUUUUGAUUUGAGUGAAGUGCAAUUUCAUUGGAUAGCUAAGUAUCUUUGUAAGAUAGAGAUUGUUGAAAAUUCUAUUUUUGUUUUUCAAGUCCUCCCACCCCAGGACUCUAAAUUAUUGGGGUAAAAAACAGCCUUGCAAGAAAAAGGGGAGCUAUUUUUGCUUUUUAUGUUUUUUAUUGUUAAACUUGUAUCCCUUUAAAA